AUGCCUCACCGACCGCACUUCAGCUCACGGAUAAGCCUUCCGAACCGCCUUAUGCACAACAAUGGAUCUUCUGCGCCCGGAAGUACACAAGGCAGUCGAUCCACGAGUCCACAGCCACACAUGGGAGUGCACAGGAAUGGCAACCUGAUACUCAAGGUCAGCGUGAUCAAGGGCAGGAACUUGGCUGCUAAGGACAAGGGUGGAACCAGCGAUCCGUAUCUCGUCAUCUCGCUUGGAGAUGCUAGGGAAGCGACGCCUGCCAUCGACAAAACGCUGAAUCCAGAAUGGAACCAGACGUUCGAGUUGCCCGUUGUAGGCGCGCAGAGCCUCCUUCUCGAGGGUGUCUGCUGGGACAAAGACCGGUUUGGGAAAGACUACAUGGGCGAGUUUGAUGUGCCGUUGGAGGACAUCUUCGCGAACGGGCAAGUCAUUCAAGAGGCAGGUGCCACCAUGCCUAAAUGGUACCGUCUGAGAUCGAGGAAACAUGGCAAGAAGAGCAGCAACGUCAGCGGCGAAGUUCUGCUCCAGUUCUCUAUCUAUGAUCCGAUCCAUACGUCCGCUACACCGCAGCAGAUUCUGCAGAAGCUUAUGGGCGUAGUUACGACCACCCCUAGUCCUGAUGAGGAUCAGGACCACGAUUUGGAACGGGUCGACACCGGCGCUAGCAUAGAUACCGACGACGAUGACAACGACUCCAUAGUGGGAUCGGACACAGAGAGUGUAACGGCAGAAAAGAAGCAGAAGAGAAUGCGGAUAAAGCACCUCAAGAAGAAGGCUAAAUUGCGAACGUAUGAGUUCAAUGGCAGCUCUGAUGUCGCUGGAGUCGUGUUUUUGGAGAUUGUCAAAAUCACCGAUCUCCCACCGAUGAAAAACAUGACUAGGACAUCGUUCGACAUGGAUCCGUUCGUUGUUACCUCCCUGGGUAAGAAGACGUAUCGCACGCGCGUUAUUCGUCAUGACCUCAAUCCCGUCUUUGACGAAAAGCUCGUCUUCCAAGUCCUCCGACACGAGCAACGUUACUCGCUCAGCUUCACGGUCAUGGACAGGGACAAGCUUUCUGGUAACGACUUCAUCUGCCAGGCCAAUUUUCCAGUUGACACCAUCUCGGCUAUGGCUCCAGAGGCCGAUCCCAAUACUGGUCUCUAUGAUUUGCCAGACCCGCCAGAUCCAACGGCCACCCCUCCUGCCGCUGAGAGUAAGAAAUCUCGGUUCCGGCUUCCCCUGUCGCGUUCUGCUUCCGCCACAAGCCUCCAUCGACUUGGUCGACCAGGCUUGAGGAGAGAGGCUUCCUCAUCGUCUCUCUCUAGCAGUCAGGGCAACGGUGGUGGUUACGAUAGACCACCACCACCCACAAGUAACCCUGGCCCCACAAGCGCGCCGAGGGAUUCACCUGGCACCAUUCCGGCAAUCAACGUGGAUAGCGCUCCGAUCGACCAAGAAGGCCUGAACAGUUACGACAUACCGCUGGAGCUCAAGAACAAGGAGAAGUGGGAAGCCAAGCACAGUCCGACGCUCCACAUUAAGGCUAAGUACCUCCCUUACAAGGCAUUGCGACAGCAGUUUUGGAGAGCAAUGCUCAGACAGUACGACGCUGAUGACGAUGGCCGUACCGACAAGGUCGAGCUUACGACAAUGCUCGACACCCUCGGUUCCACACUCCGAGAGUCUACGAUCAACUCGUUCUUCGACAGGUUUGCCGAUGAAAACGGAGGUGAAGAUUAUCUGACUUUUGACCAAGCCGUCAUGUGCUUGGAAGAGCAACUGGAGAGGCUUGAAAAGAGGAGCUGGCAAUCGAAGUACCGUGGCUACAACCCGAGCACGAGCACGUCACAUCUAUCAUCGGUAGGUAAUGGAGACGCGUCUGGCUCCGUGACGCCGUCGGCAACAUCAAGUAACGGGACCCCGAUCAACAACCAAUCCAACACGUCUUUGGUACCCGCCAUAGAGCAGGACCACCUUGGUAAGGAUGGCGAGGAAGGGUUGGACCUGCCAGAUGAUCUAGGAGACGAGAAGGGUGAAGAACACGUUGUUGAGAUCCAUGAAUGCCCCAUCUGCCAUCAGCCUCGCCUCAACAAGAAGUCCGACGCGGACAUCAUCACGCAUAUAGCGACCUGCGCCAGCCAGGAUUGGAGACAGGUCAACAAUAUCGUCAUGGCUGGCUUCGUGACGUCUAGUCAGGCGCAGCGCAAAUGGUAUUCCAAGGUCAUCACGAAGAUCUCAUACGGAGGCUACAAGCUGGGUGCCAAUUCCGCCAACAUCCUCGUCCAAGAUCGCCUCACUGGCCAGAUCAACGAGGAACGCAUGAGCGUUUACGUCCGCCUGGGCAUCAGGCUUCUCUACAAGGGCUUGAAAGACAACACCAUGGAGAGGAAGAAGACCCGGAAGCUGCUCAAAUCUCUCAGCAUCAAGCAGGGCAAGAAGUACGACGACCCAGCCUCUGCCGCCGAGGUAGAAGGCUUCAUCAAUUUCCACCAGCUCGACAUGUCCGAGGUGCUGCGCGACACGAAGGACUUCAAGAGUUUCAACGAGUUCUUCUACCGCGAGUUGAAACCGGGCGCCAGGCCUGUUUCGGCGCCAGACGACCCGCGCAUCAUCACCUCGCCCGCGGACUCCCGCACGGUCGUGUUCAAUACUCUGGCCGACGCGCAGGCCAUCUGGGUCAAGGGCCGUGAGUUCACGGUCGAGCGCCUCCUCGGCAACGCGUACCCGCAGGAUGCGAAGAGGUAUAGGAACGGCGCGCUGGGCAUCUUCCGCCUCGCGCCGCAGGAUUAUCACAGGUUCCAUAUCCCGGUUGACGGCGUGAUGAACGAGCCGAAGCUUAUCGAGGGCGAGUAUUACACCGUCAAUCCCAUGGCGAUCCGGUCUGCGCUGGAUGUUUAUGGCGAGAACGUGAGAGUGGUCGUGCCGAUUGACUCCGUCGCUCAUGGGCGGGUCAUGGUCAUCUGUGUCGGUGCGAUGAUGGUGGGCAGUACGGUCAUCACGAGAAAGACAGGCGAGCAUGUGAAGCGCGCGGAGGAGUUGGGCUACUUUAAGUUCGGCGGCAGUACAAUCCUCCUACUCUUCGAACCCGGCACCAUGGUGUUCGACGAAGAUCUCGUCGACAACUCAAAGGGUGCUCUAGAAACGCUGGUUCGCGUCGGCAUGUCGAUCGGACACACCCCGGACCGUCCGCCGUACACGCCGGACAUGCGCAAGGAGAACCCGACGAUGGAGGAGAAGCAGGACGCGAAGCGUCGUAUCGAGGGUAGUCUUGCACCUUCGACCUCAGUGGGACCGACGGCGGCGGCGUCGAUGGCGGCGUGA